AGACCGAAGGGCCGUGAAGUGUUAAAAACAUAGCUGCUGCGUGCCAAGUUGGACGUGGUUCAGAGCUGUGAUCCGGUCUCACAUGCGUCUCCUCCUGGAGGACUUGAAACACUGCCCACAGCCAGGAGCUUUGGAGCACAACUGUUUCUCCCUUUCCUGUUAGAAAGCGUACAGGCUUUCUCCGUGUAAGGGCAGCUACUUGGGCACAAAACAUGCAGGUAAAUACAUCUAGAAUAUAAAGAGGAGCAAGCGGAAGGUCAACCAGAGUUAGCUGCAGCUCCAGGUACAGCUCUGCUAAGUCAGGAAGUGGGCUCCGAAAGCUUCCUCCUCUGCUUCCCAGGAGGAGCAGCUUCUGCUUUGCAGAAAUCCCGUCCAGGCGGCUGCACUUCCUGCUGUGCGCACCCAGCGCUUGGGAUCGCCUGGUCCAGCAUGGUUCCUAAAAACUGCAAGUUUCAAUUUGCAACCCGUGAUAAUGAUGGUUUUGUCUAAAUGGCAGUGGCAGUGUGUAAGAAGUAACCAGGCAGUGUAUAAAGACAAAAUGUGGAGCAUGUGGUCCAGGAUAUGCGACUCCUCUGGAUGCCAUGAAAGGUCCCCGUGAGGAGAUCUUGUACCUGCCAUGCAUCUACAGAAACACUGGGAUAGAGAAGCCUGACUACCUGGCCACUGUGGAUGUUGACCCCAAAUCUCCCCACUACUGUCAGGUCAUCCAUCGCCUGCCCAUGCCCAAUCUUAAAGAUGAGCUCCAUCAUUCAGGGUGGAAUGCCUGUAGCAGCUGCUUUGGGGAUGCUACAAAGAGAAGAAAUCGUCUCAUUCUACCAAGUCUGAUCUCGUCUCGCAUUUAUGUGGUGGAUGUGGGAACGGACUCGAAGGCUCCUAGAAUCCAUAAGAUUGUGGAGCCAGUGGAGCUGUUCUGGAAGGGUAAUGUGGCUAAUCCUCACACCUCUCACUGUCUGGGCAGUGGUGACAUCUUAAUCAGCUGUUUGGGAGAUCCUUCUGGCAAUGGAAAAGGUGGCUUUAUUUUGCUUGAUGGAGAGACCUUUGAAGUGAAAGGAAACUGGGAGAAAGGGGAGAAGGUCCCACCCCUUGGUUAUGACUUCUGGUAUCAGCCACGGCAUAAUGUCCUGAUGAGCACUGAGUGGGGAACCCCAAAAGUCUUGGCAGAUGGGUUUAACCCAGCUGAUGUAGAGAAAGGGCAUUAUGGCCGUCAUAUUAAUGUGUGGGACUGGAACUCUCGUACUUACAUUCAGAAAAUUGACUUAGGGAAGGACUCCAUACCUUUGGAAAUCCGAUUCCUCCACAAUCCGGAUGCUGCAGAAGGGUUCGUUGGAUGUGCUCUGAGUAGCACAGUACAUCGGUUUUACAAGAUGGAGAAAGGAAACUGGGCAGCAGAGAAGGUGAUUGAAGUACCCAGCAAAAAGGUGCAAGGAUGGCUUCUCCCUGACAUGCCUGGUCUUAUUACUGAUAUCCUCAUCUCACUGGAUGACAGGUUCCUGUAUUUCAGCAACUGGCUGCAUGGAGACAUCCGUCAGUAUGAUAUCUCCAACACUCACAAACCCAAGCUCGUGGGUCAGGUGUUUUUGGGAGGCAGUAUCAUAAAAGGUGGACCUGUAACUGUAGUGGAAGACAAGGAGCUGCAGUGUCAGCCAGAGCCAUUUGUGAUCAAAGGGAAGAGAGUGCCAGGUGGACCUCAGAUGAUUCAGCUUAGUUUGGAUGGAAAGAGAUUGUAUGUCACCAGCUCUCUCUACAGUGGAUGGGACAAGCAGUUCUACCCAGAUCUUGUCAAAGAAGGCUCUGUUAUGCUGCAGAUUGAUGUGGAUACUGAAAGAGGUGGAUUGAAAGUGAACAAAAACUUCCUAGUGGAUUUUGGGAAGGAACCUGAUGGGCCUGUUCUAGCUCAUGAGAUUCGUUAUCCUGGGGGAGACAGUACCUCAGAUAUCUGGAUUUAAUUGUUGCAUGGAGCUGUUUCUUUUUUUCAUGUUUGUUUUGUUUGUUUGUUUCUCCCUCUCUCUCCUCCCUACCCCCACUUCUGAUUUUAUACAGGUGAAUCAGUUCAGCCAGGACUUUGUCCGCUGUCUAAAUUUAGAAUUCCAUUAGGGUGAGCCACAGAAGCUCCAUUUUCUUCUCAUUCUCUGAGGCAGCCAAGUGAAUCUUUCUGAAACAUGAUAUACAUCUCAUUUAUUUCUCUAAUCUUUGCCUUAAGUCCUGUGUAAUCACUAUUGACUGUAGGUUUUGAAGCCAAGCGCAUCGAUCUUUUAAGGAUUGUUUGCCAGGUGGUGGUGGAGAAUCUGUUAAGAAGUGUACAUUUCAUAGGCUUGUCCCAGAGCACAAGUGUCCUUUCCCUGCAAAGCUUAAUUUACUCAUAAAUUGAUCAGUGUUAUACAGUAGACACAAUAU